CCCCCCCUCGCGCGUGCGCGAGCCCGCGCCGCCGCUGGGCGCGCCCGCGCCGCGGCGCCUCCUCUGGGCCCGCGGGGGCUGCCGCGAGGAGGCCGCGAUGGCCGCAGGCGGGCAGGGCAUGUUCGGCGAGGCCCACGGCUUCCUCCGCAGCAUGGCGGAGGAGGUGGAGGCGGUGAAGAGGCUCAUCGCCUCGGAGGACGCGAAGCGCGUCAAGGAGGAUCGACGAGCUGCGGCGGGACCAGGAGGCGGAGCGCUUCGAGGGAUGCCGCGCCUCCUCGCCCGGGUGGGCUCCGCAGGGGUACGUGCGGACGCGGAUCGAGGCCGUGCUGCAGCAGAUCAACGAGAUGAAGAGCGGAGCGGGCGGCGCGAGCUCCGCCAAGCAGUCUGGGAAGCUGGAGGAGCUCAUCGAGGAUUUCACCAGGACGCCCGGGCGGGCCCCCAGGUGCAGUCCUCCUGGGGCAAGCUGAUCGCCACCUGCGUGGACGGCGAGGACCAGCAGCACAAGCGCCACCUCGAGUCGGUCGAGGAGUCGCAGGUGGCGCUGAGGCCCCAGCUGGACAGGGCCGCCUCGAAGCAGAUGGUGGACCGGCUGGCGAGAUCGCCGCUGGCGGGGGCGCCGGCGACGCCGGACCACAGCACGUCGAGGACCGAGCGGGGCGAAGACCGCAUACCCGCCCUUAUCGACCGGACCCUCGUGAGGAGCGGGUCGAAGGACCCCCGGUAGCGCCGCGGGCCGUGAAGGACCGCGGGCGGUCGGCGCGCUCGAGGCCCUCGCGCUCCCUCGCGAAUAUUUUUAUUUGUGUGUAUUUAUUUGUGUGUCCUGGGGCCCCUUCAUUACUCCGCCGCGGCGCUCCCUCCGUGACCCUGCCGCAGCAGCGAGCCCGCCCGCGCGCGUGCCCGCCGGCGCAGCGCCGCGCGCGCGCGUGGACGAGAGCACCUUCCCCUCUCGUCCAGCUCAGGAUCUCCCGCCCAUGCCUCUCGCUUGCGCCUGCAUGCUCGUCGGGCAAAAGUCGCCUUGACGACGCAGCGCGCUGGCCUUUCCGCUGUCCCGCGCGCGCCCGCCAGAAAUGAUCGGGGGCGCCGCUGCCCAUCUGUCCGCAUCCGUGAUGGCGAUCCAGCCCACGAAAGGCACUAGCAAGU